GCAGACGGGAUUUCUCGCAGCAGCAGCAGCAGAGUGUUUGAGCAAAAUGUCUUGCUUUUGGAACAACAAAGCAUCAUCAGCCGCUGCAUACUGUUUGUGUCAAGAAAAAUAAUUUUUGUACAUUUUGGCUGCUCCCAUCGUGUUGUAGAAAUUGUUACAAGUGAAGUUGGGUAGUGCAUUAAAGUGACCAACAGUGGAUUGACAUUGUGCAAGCCAGUUUUUUUUCGCCAAAGUUUAUCGUGUUCGGAUUCGGAUCGGAUUGGCAAAAGGUGAAAAACUCGGAAGAAUUUAGCAUCAGGAGCAGGGUGUCUGUUCGUACCCAGUUCCGAGUGCGGAGACGGAAAAGAAGCUGAACAUUUGAAGGAUCUUUUCACUUUAGUGCGUUGCGCCGUUUUCAUCAAUCUUGGUCGCAGCCUUUUGCUGAUGGUGGUCAGUAGGACCAACCGUCGUCGUUGCUGCAGUGAUCCGAGUGUGAACUGAGUUUGCGGGAAAUUAAUUCAGGUUAAAUGGUGGAUAAGUUUGUGGAAUGAGCUGCCGUGGAGUCUGAGAGUGCUGCUGUAAGAUACUAAGAAGAAGAAGAAAUAAUUCAGCCAACGGCCAAGAAAGUCCGCACACAUUGAGUGAGUUAGUGAGUGUACGAAAAGGGAAACAUCUCCAAGAGUGAUGGUGGUGAUGCUGAAAUGUGAAUGAUUAUGAUGAUGAUGAAGAUAAUGUAAGAUAAGGUGGCGUUUGCAGAUGAGGCAAAUUAAAAGUGUCGGCUGGAAAAUAAGAAGAAUUACGCUGCUAAUGUUAUCAUUGGAGACGCGGUUUUGAAGCAGGCCUACGCUAAAUAAAUAUUAGGAUAACCAGAGAAUCACUGAAUUUGAAGGACCCGAAGAAUCCCUGAAACAGGAAACUUUAAAAGCUUUCGGCAACCUUGCGAGAUUGCAGACACUCCGACACAACCGCACCGAUAAAAAGCAACGUGCAGAAUAGAUCCGUCUGCCACAAAACCACAAACACGCGAUAACCAGCCUGAGGAGUCAUCAAAAAAAAAAAAGCUUUCCUCGUCUAUCUCUGUGUCCCUCUUUCGACGAAACGCACAACCGCACAUUAUUGUGGCCAGGUACCGACGACUCCGUAAGACAUACUCACCACUCACCCAACCCCCCAUACAAGAGAAGCAAUCCACUCGCGUCUAGGCCAUAAAGGAUCCAGUGCCAAAUUUUACCGCUUAACAUUCGAACCAGAGAACAAACGAAACAAAGUGAAACUAGAAAGCAAAAUUUAGGAUCAGUAAGCUACACACUAAGGUACUAGUCAUAUAUUUUGUAGGCAGGCAAUUGGCGUAGAACAUUAAAAGUAUACAGAUAUAUUUUGAUAUUAGUCACGACGACGACGACAACGGUUAGCGCAAGUGAGAUUUUGGUAAUUUUUUAUCAAACUCGACAUUUCCGAAGCAAAGGGAAGCGAGAUAAAGGGGGAUAAGCUUCAGAGAAAAAAAAUUGUUUGCAUGCAUCAGUGGUGCGAUAGCGCUUGUAGGUCUGAAACCCGAAUGACUAUGCUUCAGUAGAGAUUAUCUUCCAAGCAUGCUUCAGUCCUGUCCAGUCUGACGUGAAGAGUGUGCGUAAACUUGAACGUCCAGUAGACCGAAAUGGGUAACAAGAAUUCGUGCUGCUCGUAUUCGAGCCCUCCGCCAACGCGGAAAACUAAGGAAGCGCCAGUGUUCGAGGAACAUCUUCCGGAAGGUGAACUCUCGACAAACAACCUACAGCACAUCUCCGAACGGGAAGGCGACGAUGGGGAACACGAUCCGUCGGUGGAUCCCUCGGCGGGGACAAUGUUUCUUGAGCGAUCCAAGCAAAGUUUAGAGAAUGGAAUGACGAGGAAAAAGUCCCAGCACCAGAUAGCCCCCCAAGGGGGAACGGUACUGAAGAAGAGCAGCUCUUGCUCGACCAUCUAUCUGGACGAUUCGACUGUGUCGCAGCCAAACCUCAAGAAUACAGUGAAGUGCGUCUCGUUAGCUAUCUACUAUCACAUUAAAACUCGCACCAGUGAACGAAGGAUAGACAUCUUCGACGAGAAGCUUCACCCGUUAACCCGCGAACCAGUGCCGGACGAUUACGACCAGCACAAUCCCGAACAUCGGCAAAUCUACAAGUUUGUCCGGACGCUGUUCAAUGCCGCUCAGCUGACAGCCGAAUGUGCCAUCAUCACCCUGAUAUACCUGGAACGGUUACUAACGUACGCCGAGCUGGACAUCGGCCCGUACAACUGGAAACGGAUAGUGCUAGGUGCAAUCCUGCUCGCGUCCAAGGUGUGGGACGACCAGGCGGUCUGGAACGUGGACUACUGCCAGAUCCUGAAGGACAUCACCGUCGAAGACAUGAACGAACUCGAAAGGCAAUUUCUCGAACUGCUUCAAUUCAACAUCAAUGUACCAUCGUCCGUGUACGCCAAGUAUUACUUCGAUCUGCGAACGCUUGCCGAAGCAAACGACCUAUCAUUCCCGACGGAACCGCUAUCGAAGGAGCGGGCCCAAAAGCUGGAAGCCAUGUCCCGUGUGAUGCAGGAUAAGGCAACGGCGGAAGCGCUUAAAAAUGGCAUGAAGAAGUGGUCCUCCAUCGAUAACAUCCACCAGCAGGGCAACGUGCGGCGAAGUGUUGCCAUUCUGUCGUGAUUCUUCCGCUGGGAUGUGGAAGUCCGUGCGUUUGGUGUAAUUGUUCACUUGUUUUUUGGUCAACCUCCGCUCUCCGGUGGGCUUAGUGUGUCUGUGUUAGGGCUGAUGGGUGUUUGAGAGAAGAAUAUUCCGUAUGCAUGAGCUGAAUUGGAGACAACGGUGUAUGUGUAUUUUGUAUGUAUUUAUACGAAAGGUGAAAAUAAGAAUAUGCAGUUUGAUGCGAACAAUUCGAGAUGGGCCGUUAUCGAGCAAUUUACUCAGUCCGAUGUUAGGAGUGUUGUGAUCACUUUCAGAACGAAUUUCAGUUGUGCAACAAGGUUUGAUAUGUGUUGAGCUGUGCUGUGCAUUCCUUCGGUUUGUGCCAACUAUGAGCCAUGAAUUUGGCACUAAAGGCUCUCCCUUCUCAGCUCUUAAUACUUUUCAAUACAAUCGUACAUUUUCUACCACAUUGCUUAAAUUGAAAAUCUCGCGUCACCUUUCAAAUAGACCAAUCAUCAUUGACCGAUUCUCUUCUUCGACUCUCUCUAUCGUUAAUAAUUCUGCUCCAAAAACAUGUUCAGCUGUUCUUAUUGUCCAAUACGCUAAUUAACCCGAAAUAUGAAUGCAACGAAGUUAUUAACGAAAGCGAGUCGAUGAAGAGAAUCGAUCAAUGCUGAUAGGACCUUUUGAAAAUCGGUACUAUUGUUUUAAACAAGUCAAAAUAACUGCAUUUAAUCGACUGUCACAUGUUUUGCAUUUAAAUCAAUCUUUUGCGAUGUGAUGAACUCACACCAGUUCUUCACUAGGGAGAAUUUCCCUCCGUUUCGUAGUAAGCCAAGCUCAAUGAACGAAUUUUUUUUUCCUAAAAAAUAUUUUUCCGUCACUACCUUCAUAUCAGGGACACAUGAGAAAUGGGCAUAAAAUGAUCAAUAAACCGACAUGAAUGACCAUAGAAAUUACCGCUUCUUCUUCUUCUUAUUCGGAUUUCAAGCUUAUUGCUUAGUGCAGUGGCGUUUCUUUAACCUCAAUCUACCUGUGCACCAACUCUCAAAACAUAAACAAUUAUCAAAAUAUUGCAUGCAAUGGAUAGAUAUCGAGUAAACUAUGCCCAGGGAAGUCGAGAAAAUUUCCAACCCGAAAGAUUCCCUCGACCGGCCCGGGAAUCGAACCCGCCGCCUCCGGCUUGGUAAUACCGUGCCUUUACUGACUAGGCUAUGAGGCCCCAGAAAUUACCGCUUACUACUGCCAAAUCAAGCUGAACAUUGCAUUAGGUCCUAAGUAACAUUGACAGAUUUUCUUCGUCGACUUUCUCUUUGUUUCCCCACGGCCAUGUAAAGACAUUCCCAGGUAUUUGCAGCAUACAGUUCGAUAAAAGAAGCUUUUAUCUAGCAUCUAAUACGACAAACAAAACAAGAAACGGUUAUGUGCUCAUGCUAUUAACGAAAGAGAAAGUCUACGCAGAGAAUCAAGCAAUGUUACUUAGCACCAGGCUUGCAAUUGCUCAUUACAGCUAAAAUGCUUGUUUUCGUAAUUAUGAAACUGUGGGAUAAUGAUAAUUUUUAUUUGUAAGAAGCGAGAAGAGGUGGUAAAGUUUGUGUAUGACUUAUAAAAUUCGGCAAUUUUGCUUUCACAAAGUCACAACUAACGAUUUUAUGAUCGCUGAUUGCUCGCUCAUCGCGUUGCUCAUCGUUACAGUUAAUCGCUAUUGUGACCCUCUGAAAGCUAAAUUGACAGGUUUUAUGUGUCAUACACACACUUUACCUUCUUUUCUUGCAUCUUGUGAAUAAGAAUUAUCAUUAAAAUAUCUGGAGGCGACCCCGGCGUAGUGGUUAACAUCCAUACCUCUCACGCCAAAGUCACGAGUUCAAAUCUCACUCCGGACAAGGCACGAAUGACCCAAGAGUGUUAAAGUGACUAUAAUUAACAAAAAAAAAUUUCUUAUAGCUUCAUAAAUCUGAAAAAUAGCAUUUUAGCUGUAAUGAGCAUUUGCAAGCUUGCUUAGGACCCAAUGCAAUGUUCAGCAAUGUUGUUAUCCGUGUUCGCGGAAAACUUUUAUCUGAGCCACGAAUACGCGUGUAAAAUGUAUGAGUUGGUUCGUGUCUGAUCUAUUCUGGACAAGUUAUUUUUUAUCUAGAUAAAAACAUUUCUAUGGUUUUGACAGAUGGGAUCGCUGCACAUUUGAAUCGCCCGUUAUAGGUUUUUGAGCAAAAGUUAAGUUGAAGUUUCAUAUCAGUUUGCCGGUGAUAAAAUCGUCUCUAAGUUGCAAACUCGUUUCAAGGGAUGUGUCACUCAAAAGCACGCCGCCACACUCAACGCCAUAUCCAACAUUGUUUCCAACGACGAACACCUCACGCUCACACGAUUUUAAGAUCAAACCAUCGCAAAUUGCAGUUUGCACGAGAAGCUAAACACCCGAUAAACCAUGUGUCAAUUCGUAUUAGACGAAGUAUUAGGUAACAAAAAAGUGAAAUCAAAACUAGAUCUGGAACACCGAUAUGGGCUGCUGACUGAGCAGAGAAUCUGAAGACGAUCAUUUGCUUUAAUUUCAUUGACAUUGACUUCCAUUAGAAUACCAUUUCGUUAGGAUUCACUCGCACCAUUCUAGAGGAUGAUAGGCACCACUCACCACUUCCUUCCACACACCCAAGCAGCACGCUCGUAUCGUAACCAGUACUCCCUCCUCCCUGUCAUAGUCCCGAAAUAUGGCAAACGAAGCAAGAUAAAACGACAACCCCCGUGUUAGUAGCUUUAUAGA